CCUCUGUUCAAGCCAAGGAGGGGAGGGAAAUCUUCGGAACUCGGGAACCAACCAACCCCCACCACACCACCACCGCCCUCUCCUUCCUCCUCCUUUCUCCGCCCCCAUUAUAGAAUAAAGCACUGUGGGAGCAGAGUUUAGACAGAAUCUUCUUUCGUCAUUCCUUUGCUUUAUACCUACUCCAUUAUCUCUAUGCUUUAUUAACCAUUUAUUAUUAUAUGGUCUUAACAGAAGCGCAGAGGAAUAGUGGAAGCUGUGUUCAUCGUCCUCUCCCUCUGUCCAGUGUGAGUCAUGAUGAUGCCUAUGUACCAUCCCAUUAAGGGAUGUUCUGAUGAAAAUGACGACCCCAGAAUGCCAGAUCCCGCCGGCCUCCGCCUCCGUAAGGAUCAUGUCGAAUCGGCUGCUAUCCAGAUCGCUGAACCAAUAAUAUCCACAACCCUUGCUACUGAUCAAAUUCAACAACUCCAUUCUCGUCUACCUUUGGACCAAAAGCAACAACAAAGGCAACGGCUUGCUUCCCUCGACGUUUUCCGUGGCCUCACCGUUGUCCUGAUGAUACUUGUGGAUGAUGUGGGUGGACUUCUGCCGGCUGUCAACCAUUCUCCAUGGGAUGGUUUAACUCUUGCAGAUUAUGUCAUGCCAUUUUUCCUUUUCAUUGUCGGUCUUUCACUAGCACUAACAUACAAGAAAUUGUCAUGUAGGGCCUCUGCCACUAGAAAAGCAGUACUUCGGGCGUUGAAGCUUCUGAUAUUUGGCCUUUUUUUGCAAGGAGGCUUUUUUCACGGGGUCAACAAUUUAACAUUUGGUGUUGAUAUUGAACAAAUGAGAUGGAUGGGUAUACUUCAGAGAAUUGCAAUAGCAUAUUUAGUUGUGGCUAUGUGUGAGAUUUGGUUAAAAGGUGAUGAUCAUGCUGCAUCAGAGUUAUCUGUGUUGAAAAAAUAUCGAUUUCAAUGGGCUGUGGUUUUGGUGCUCACUAUUAUAUAUAUUUCCUUGUUAUACGGCUUGUAUGUUCCUGAUUGGGAAUAUCAGAUUCCUGUUGCAGCAUCUUCCUCAGAACCAAAGAUAUUUUCAGUUAAAUGUGGAGUACGAGGUAACACUGAACCAUGUUGCAAUGCUGUUGGAAUGAUUGAUCGUAAAUUACUCGGUAUUCAACACUUGUAUAGGAAACCAGCCUAUGCAAGAACAAAAGAAUGUAGCAUCAACUCACCAGAGUCAGGUCCAUUACCUUCUGAUGCACCUCCAUGGUGUCAAGCCCCAUUUGAUCCUGAAGGGCUCUUGAGUUCUAUGAUGGCCAUUGUUACCUGCAUGGUUGGAUUGCACUGUGGGCAUAUCAUUGUCCAUUUUAAGGAGCACAGAGACCGAAUCCGUCAAUGGAUUAUGCUUUCUUCUUGCCUUCUGUUCUUGGGCCUUAGCUUGGACUUCUUUGGAAUGCAUGUGAACAAGGGUCUUUAUACGUUCAGUUUCAUGUGUGUCACUGCUGGUGCUGGUGGGAUUCUCUUUACUGGAGUUUAUGUGCUGGUUGAUGUGUGCGGAUAUAGGUGGACAACUAUGGCAUUUGAGUGGAUAGGGAUGCAUUCAUUGAUGAUUUUUAUCCUUCUAGCAUGCAACAUCCUGCCAAUUCUUAUACAGGGAUUCUAUUGGAAGCAACCGCAAAAUAAUGUGCUAAGCUUGAUUGGGGUUGGAAGAUGAAGGUGUGGCAUGGUAGACUUGCAUGUCACAAUUCAAAAACCAUGCAGAGGUUUUUUGGGAGAGAGGAAGAGGGAUAAGAUUUUCCGAAUUUGCAGUUUAGUCCAUGAUCACGUAGGUUAUGCCUUUGUAGAAAUGGAGGUUUUCUUCUCCGUCCAACGACCUACUUUGGACCUUUUGUAUUGGCAUAUGUAGUAAACUUUUAGAAUAAAAAUCAUAGUUCAUUCUUUUGCAUUAUUUUAUCUCUGAGAAUAUUUGAACAUUCUGACAAUGGAGG